ACCAAGAGUCUGGGUGUGGCCAUGUCUAAUCUGGCUCUUUGUCCAUUAUAGAGGAAAGCGGGGAGGGACAGGGGGAGAAAUGGUCUGUGGAUGGAAAGUAGAAUAAAGAUGGUUAUUUUUUAAUGAACAUUCGGUGCAGAUGGCGGGAACAGAGACGUCUGCUAGUGACAUUAUCCAUUUAGCUGGAGAGGAUCCUGUUAAGGAUAGAGGGAGGCAAUGGCGAUCGGUCGCCAAGACAACCAGCCUUUGAAGCAGCUGCCGAUUCGCUCCUGUUCUCCUGCUGUUGUAUCCUCCCUCCUUCUCUCUCUCUUUUUCUCUGACUGACUUGCUCACCCUCUCUCACUCAUUCUGUCCCUCCGGUAGCCAUUCAGACGUGAGCUGUGUUCGCUGCGCACAAAGCUCUGGACCUUCCUGCUUCAGUCCUUCUUUGCAGUGCGGCACACUCAAGGAUGGGACGCACUACAACACAGAUAAAUACUCGCAGCUGCUCUUGAUAAAGGAGACUGUAGACGGUUUGGAAAAAAAACCUGUGCUCACCAGCUCUCAGAAACCUACAAAAUGCCUCUUGGGCACUUCAUCUCCAUGUGAUAGCCCUACUCAUCCUUCUAUUAAGGUAUCACAGGGUCCACGUGCUUCCCCUGCAAAAUCUGUAGCUGCAGCAUCAGGCACCAUGAAGUCUGAUGCUCUAGGGCCAACAGCUCACACGGCUCCUGGGAAAACAAAAGCUAGUAACAAUGCCUCACUCAGAAGUAAAAGUGAUAAGGUUAAGCCAACUCAAACGCCAGCUAAAACCAAGACUACGUCUACUGUUAAACCAGUGUUGAAUGGCACUGCCGGUGGUGCUCCACGGGAGAAUUCCACCACUUCAGGUGCCCAUGGUUCACCCACAAGGAAGACAGUGCUGGACAGGAAGCCAAACCCAGGAGCAAGGCCAAAGUCUUCCUCUGCUGGGUCUGAUCUCUCGGCAGGCCAGACUAAAGGAGUAAAAGUGCAGAGGGACACAAUGUCAGGGAAGGACCUGCCUCAGGAAUCGGCCAGCAAUGCUCAGAAUACCCCAUCUAACUCUGGCAGCACCUCACCAGACAACAGUGCUGGGAGUCCAAGAAAGAAUGGCCACAGUACCCCGACAGGUCUCAGGUCAAAACUUCAAGCCAAGGCAACAACAAAAUCUCCUCUGACCAAACCUGCUCAAAAAACGGACACUGACAAGACUAGCAGCCCCUCUUACAAGUCAAGCAAGACUAAACCUAUCAUAACCAGCCGUGCAAUACCUGGAAUUCCUGCAUCCCGCACAGAUCCAAAGAGCAGAAGCACCGUGUCAGGCCUUUCAGAGAACCAUGCUUCAUCCAGACCUGGAUCAUCCAGACCUGGUACCUCUAGAAAGCCUGCCUCCCCAAGAAAAGAGGUAGAGAAAGAUAUAUCUAAACCUGCAACUACAAAGAAGACCACAAAAGCCAUUCCUGAAUCAAAGCCCAGUGUCAAAGCUUCCACGUCUUCCUCCAGGCAUUCAACUGCUGCCCCAAACAAAACAGGACCUAAACAGAAGGCUGCAAAUACACUUCCAACAAAAUCAUCUCUAAAAUCCUCAGGGGCAGUCAAAAACCAAUCCCCAGUUGCCUCUAAAAAGCCAGGCAUUGCUGUGAAAGAUUUGGUAUCCAGCCCUAAACAUUCAGACUUAAAAAAGGUCACUCAUCAGUUGAAUCCAGCUUCUGUUGAUGGUGAGACGAGAAGCAAGCAACUGUUUACAUCUUCUCUGGAGAGUUCCAAAGUUGUUUCUUCCCUUGAACAGCAUUCACUAGUCAGCCAAGCUUCACCAGACCAGCCAGAAGCAGUCCCCAAGGUUAUAUCAGCAACUUCCACUAAGGUUCAAGAUAUGGAGAAAAGCAGUGAUCUAGUGAGUAAAUUAAGUAGCAAAGAGAUGAAGACUAAAUCAGUAACUCCGGAUAUACAUACAUAUAUUUCUGGACCGAGUGAGGUAAGCAGAAAUAAAUUGGCCACAGACAAUGCCAUUCCACCAAAUGUCACAGGACCAGACCGAAGCCUCAAUUCCUUAAACUCUUCAAAGGACUCAGACCUCCCUCUUGAUAAACCUUGCAGUCUAGGGAGCAUUAAGACACACCUAGAGGACUCAUGGAAUAGGCUUCAUCCCCAAGUUAGCCCAGAGUCAGAGACUGGCAGUGCCACUACUUCUUCUGAUGACAUAAAGCCACAGUCAGAGGAUUAUGAUGCUGGUGGCUCGCAGGAUGACGACUGUUGUUCCCGUGAGCGUGGGAUUUCAAAGUGUGGGACCAUGCGUUGCCCUGACUUCCUGGGUCGCAGCAGCAGUGACACCAGCACACCUGAGGAGCUCAAGAUGUACGAGAGUGCGGCUGGACUUUGUGUGGAAGUACGGUUCAGAGGACAAGAGGUAGAGACUACAAGUGAAGAAGAGGUAGGGCAUCAAAGACCACGAUCUUGGAUUAGAAAGGAUGAGGUGCCAAUGGAGGAGGAACCUUGUGAAAUGGACACUACAUUAAAAAACUUGAAGGGUGUCCCAGACCACCAGCUUUUCUCCUCUGAAGAAGAAGAAGAAGAAGAGGAAGAGGAGACUGAAGAUGAAAGAUCGGAAGUUGAGGUGUUACCGAGGAGAGUGGCUCCCCCAAUUGCCGAGCCACCGCCACUGUUUCAAGGUAUUGUCAACCUUGCAUUUGAAGAUCCUGCAGAACAAGAGAAUGAGCAACCAGAGUACCAUUCAGCUUCCAACUUCCGUCGCUCUGUUUUAAUCUCGGUGGAUGAGUGUGAGGAACUUGGAUGUGAAGAAGGAGGCGCCCAGACUGUGACACACCAGUCAAGUCAUUCCUUUACACAUGGCGAUGUCUUUGACAGUGAACCUCGCAAUUCUCAAACAGACUACUGCUCCCAGCAAACCACAAACGGAGUGAGGGGUAACCAUAUCUCCAACCACCAGGAAAAUGAACAGGAGCCCAAACCCACGGUAUUCCUGACAGAGGCCCGGGGAUCUCCACAGGAGGAUAGUGCAUGCAAUCAUUCAGAUGCCCCUGUGCAAGACAAAGACGCCAGUGAUGUUCCUGCUCAGGAGCGCCCUAGUCACCUGGACCUCCGGCUGGUGGAACAAUAUGGCAAUCUCCAGUCCAAACAUAUAGACAGCAGAAAAGCUGACUUGUGGCUAGACUUACCUGAGCCGCAGCUGACUGUGAGCUCACCUGCACACUCUCCAUCAGGGGACUUUGAUGGUUGUGACGCAUUGGCUCAAACCUGCACACAUGACCGGCGGCCAUCUAAAGCCCUGUCUCCCAUUUAUGAGAUGGACCUGGGAGCAGCCCUUGAACAAAGCAUGGAUGCUGACAGGAGCAAUGAUCCCCAGCAGCAGGAGGCACAUCAGGAGGGUAAAGGUGUGGAGACAGAGGACAAUACAGAGGAAGUGGACAAUGAAGACAGUAAGUUUGCAGAGAAAGACUGGAGUCUGCUUCGACAGCUACUGUCUAACCAAGAAUCCAAUCUGGGCAUCAUAAACUCAGUCCCAGAGGAUUUAAACCUUGCACAGUACUUGAUCAAGCAGACGCUGUCCUUGUCUCGAGACAGCUUGAAUGAACAGGACUACUUGUAUCACGAAAAGGACACAUUUAAGCGCUGGGCUGAGCUUAUUUCUCCACUGGAGGACUCCACCACCAGCAUCACUGUGACCAGCUUCUCUCCCGAGGAUGCUGCAUCUCCACAGGGCGAGUGGACCAUCGUGGAGCUGGAGACACAUCACUAAUGGGCUGUGGACUGGAAUACAGCCAGUGUUUUUAUAUGACUCUUUGGACUACUGCAUCCUUUCUUCCUUUCUUUGGUGCUUAUUUGUUUUGGGGAGAAAGACAGAUCAGUUCCCACUUACGUUAACCAAAGUCACAUGUCAGGGUAUUGGAGUAAUGACCUCUGUGCAGUUGUUUUGCAUGUGGGCUAUUUUCUAAGUUAUGUUGUUUACUUGAUGGGUGUUGCUUGAAUCUUUGUAAAAUACCAAAAAAUGCAUUUUCUUGUUGCUCUUUAUGUCUCUGAAAUAUUACACUCCCAAAACAUUUUGAACAGAGUGUACAGAGUAAGUGGUUCUGGUUUACAUUGAUUGUUUAAGACAAUAAAAGCUGUGUUGUUUGAA